AUGCAUGCCCUAUGGUGUUGCGGCCCCCGGAGACGCCGCGGCUCAGCUACCAACAAGAUCAGCUUUACUUCCAUAUUCAGAUCCUCAAAUGCUUCAGCUGUGGACACGAGAAAUUCUACUGGAUCGAAUAGGAAGUGCAAAGACGGGCAUCCAAGCGACCAGAUUUCUCCGUUUGAGGGCCCUGUAGAACUGUGCCGACUUGCUGGCACCAGCCCGAACCAUGGCGGUCUCACUCCCAGUACGCGAACAAGCACAUUUGAAGGGGUCAAGGCUAGAAUAAUAAAGCAUUUGUCGCAGGAUAGCGGGCCCAGACGACAUUCUCGAGUCUCCAUCGGACAUAGCGACGAGGAGUUAGCAAGACGAGCCGAGGUGAGGCGGCUGCGACAAAAGCGAAUUCAGGAUGAGCUCAACAAGGAUGAUGACAAUGAUGGCCAGAGUAAUGGGUCACAUCAGAGCGCCCUAUAUCUCUCCACGCUGAUUGAUAUGGGCAGUCCAUGUAGUGGCCCGAGGGACACACUUGAGUUCUCAUUUGAUGACUGCGCGCUGCCCUCUCAUCCUACUUCAUCGGAACUUUCCUGCAACCAGUGUGCUUCGCCUAAUCAAGAAAAUCGCCAACAAGACGCAGCUAAUGAUGCACCAUCUACCGGUCGCGAAUGUGACACCCCGCUUGAUACACAGUCCAAUGCGGGCGAAAUGUUUUGUCAUUCUCGCCCUAUUCGCGGUCCGCUGCCAGAGAGGAGAUGCGUCUCUAUGGUUUCAAUAUCCCCUCGGCCAUCUAGUUGCCAGCCUGGCUCUCCUCGUCUUGACAGAAUCAUUGGUCCGGACAAUGAAUUCAAUAUUCGGCAUGGAUCCCAUGCCUGGGAUGACCAAUCUGCACUGGGUAUAUGGCUAAUUGCCCAAGGCAUGAAACCAGCCGGCAACCACGUACCUCAAUCCGAGAAUACACCCAGAGAUACAAAGUCCGCCCAAUACAACGUCUGCUUGCCAACUGAAGGGCCGAGUGGCGUCGAUACCAUACUGGAGUCAUCAUUUUCUAUCCUUGACAGAGUGAACACUGCUGGGUCUCCCCUUCCAAUCCACAUCGAAGAGACGCACGAGGGUCCAGUCCAUCCCGCAUCUGUGAAUUCGGAAGAAUCAGACACAGAUGAACUGCCAGGUUCGGAAACUGGUACCAAGUUAAGCGCCAAAUCCCUGGAUUCAAAUCCGGCAGUCAACAAUGGGUCCUCGAAUUACCAAUCUAAAUUGCCUAGUUUUGAUCCUAGUCCGUCGGGAUCGGGAUCAGAAUCACACGGAUACGUGCUCAGCCAGAGAGAUUUGGAUAACCUUGAGCUUUCACCUGUUCAUUGUAUGUUGAAGAUUAAACACUGGCAGGAUUCUGACUGA